AUGGCAGGCAUGAAGAUAGCCCUGACGGCAGCCCUCCUUGCGGCCCUUGUGACCCUAUCAGCCGCCACCACCUACACCACCACCGUGACCACCACCACCUUUGCCGACGAGACUGAGAACCCAGGCCAGCAGCAGCAGUGCCAGCGCCAGAUUCAGGGCCGCCAAUUCCGGUCGUGCCAGAGGUACCUCUCCCAAAGGGGAGGGUACAACUCAGAGGAUGAGUCCAUGAUGAUCGAGAUGAACCCGGGACAACAAGGGCAGGAGUCUCUGAGAGAGUGCUGCCAGCAGCUCCACAACGUGAACGAGCAGUGCCGGUGUGAGGCCAUUAGGCACGCCGUCAGGCAGCUUCAACAGCAAGAGGGCCAGCAGAUGGGCCAAUCCCAGCAGGUGUACCAGAAGGCAACUGAGCUCCCGCGCAGGUGCAACAUGAGGCCUCAGCAGUGCCAGAUCAGGGAGCUUCCUUUAGCACCAAGUCGGAGAUCCGACGAGUUUGAUGGUUCGGGUCCUAUCAGGCUAGGCUCUGACGAGUUUGCCAAGGUCCAGCCGUCCGUGCAUCUUGUCCAGGAACAGUUCCUAGGCAGAAGACGAUAUGUUCUGCGUCCAAUUGACGACUAUGACUGUGGGUCCUUCGAUCGGAGAGUGACUGAGUACUUCAACUUGCAAGGUAGCCGACUUAAUCAUUUUGGAUAUGAAUUUAGCGGUUCUGGAGAGAUUAAGAUGAUCUAUGAUAUGGAACUCUCAUGUUUGAACUCUCAUGUUUCUCAUAGUGUACUCAAAGAAAACUCCAUUAUGUCUACUUUGGUUUCUGAAGCUACCCUAUGGUGUGUAUCCAGAUUUGAAGCUCUUCAACCCACAGACAUGUUUUGCCCUCAUAGUGUACAUACGGUAAAGAGAUUGGUGCAAUUUUUAUUGUACAACCUACUGCAUCAAGACCAGAUCACCCACAUAUUUUGUCUACAGUUGUUAAAAAGCAGUGCAGCAAUUUCGUUUUUCUUCCACAUGCACGUGCGCCUAGAGCAUUUUCGACACUUGAAGUUUCAGGCACGAAAAAUGAAGUGGGUGAAGUUAAGUUGCCCCAUGUGCUCAGGUUCUGCAUAUGAAACCUGCAGGAUCGUCUGCUACCUCUAUGCCUUAUCGGGUCUAUGGAGUGAAGACAUUCUAAAGUUGUGCAUUCAAGUUCUUGGGGUGAUUUUCUUUAAACAAAUCCUCAGCUUAUUCAAUUGAACGAAUCAAACUAUUGGCAGUGACACUGAAAAUAAGAAAAUUUGUAUUUCAGUCGGUAAGAGAAUCUCGAAAAGCAACCAUAUGACAGAUUGGGAGACCAUAUCUUCGGGCUUUUCUGUACUCUUAAAUAUUGGGAUGAUGUUCAGCAACCUAGGAAAUUUAGCUAUUGAGAAUCUUUUGUUGUUGCAGGGUUUUCCUCAUUCUAUUUGAGAUUAGUGGAAGAUGGUGAAAAUUCUUGAUAAAUCCGAAAGUUUAUAUGAUAUUACAUUUCUUAUUUUGCACAGGUUUUGGUUUCCAUUUGUCCCAAUUAUUAUAUUAUAUGUUGAAAAUUUGAAUGCAAUAUUUCUCACGAGUUAUAUGGCAAAUAUGAUACAUAAU